AUGAAGCGACUUUCAGCUACUGCGCUGCUUGCGAGCUAUCUCGGUCUUGCUUCGACCCUCGACUUUCAUGUCCCCGAAAGCCUGCCGACCAACGCUAGUCCUCGGCUCUCGGUGGCACCCGUUGGGGUUUCGAUCGAGUUUUUCGCAUUUCCUGGAUAUGUCACAAACGUGCCUGCGACGAAAACAUGUCUUCAGAACCUCAAAGACCUGACAGGUACUUGGCCGCCGCUGAGAAUUGGAGGGACAACCCAAGAUCGAGCCACAUAUGAUGCAUCGUCUACAGAGGCCGUGACCUACAAUGUUGCUGAUCCAAAAGACGCCCCAGAGACCCUCACGUUUGGUCCAAAGCUCAUCUCCUUGGCUUCCGAGUACGGCGGCAGGGUGACACUAGGCCUCAAUCGCCGUCUCAAUAACCUUGCCAACACGAUCGCGGCCGCAAAGCUAGCAAAAAACUCCAUCCCCAAUCUCCAUGCCGUAGAACUUGGUAAUGAGCCGAACUUCUUCUCAAAGAACGAUCCCAUCGCCCAAGGAGCAGCCUGGAGUCCUGCAGCGGACUACAAGUCCCAAGUUGCAUGGCAAGACAACGUCUGCGGGAAUCUUUCCACCGACGCUCUGAUUUCUGCUGGAGUCUAUUUCGGGACCGCUCCCAUGAGCAUCAACGGUCUCACGGCCACUGAGGGCGAUGCGAACCGAUAUGUGAAGCAGUACUGUUCUCAUAACUACCCUCAAUCUAAAGGCACGGCAGACCUUCCCAAGCUCAUGGGCCAUAGUUCGAUUGCUACUCAGAUUGCACCAUUCAAAGCAGAGAUUGCCGCAGCGAAGUCCAAGAACCGACCCCAUGUAUUUGGGGAGACAAACUCUGCAACUCAAGGAGGAGGUGGAAUAAGUCAAACAUACGGAGCAGCCCUUUGGAUCCUUGAUUAUACUAUGCAGAGCCUGGUUUUGGGCACAGAGGCGUUCUACUUUCAUCAAGGAACGAUUGGUAACUGUGCGUACUGCUGGUGGGGAAAGUACUCAAUGGGCGCUCCGUACUACGGUGCCUAUUUUGCUACUCUUGCCCUCGCUGGGGCUGACAACAUAGCGCCUCUUGAUGACCAGACCACCCCUUACGCGGCGUACGUUAUUUACAAAGCUGGCCGGCCUGCGAAGGUCCUUCUCUACAAUUCCGAUUACUACGUUACCGGCGUACGUUCUCAGCAAUCGUUCAGACUGACUGGUUUGUCCGCUUCGACGGUCACCGCCAAGCGACUGACAGCCCCAUCCUCAACCUCCCGGGUUGAUCGCGGGGCUAAUCCAUCUAUUGCUGGACAGACUUUUGAGAAUGGAUCGUGCGUAAUCAAGGGCCAGAGCCAGGAUGAGAUUGUUACGGUCGUGGCCGGGAUAGCUACGUUCACGGUCGAGGCGUCGGAGGCGUUGUUGGUUUACCUCUAA